AUGCACGGGGUGCGGAACGCGUCCUUGCAUCAGAAGGACGCUGACGACGCAAGAGAUUCCACGUGUCCACGGGCUAGGAGAUGGCUUAGAGCCAGUGAAGAAAAUGACACUGACAAAAAAUUACCCAUAAGAGUUUCAAAAGAAAAUGAUCUGUAUCACCACCAUACAUGCCAUGAUAGAUCUAUCUUUAAUGUGUGUGAAGAUGUUGAUUUUUGUGGAUACACAGUACCGCACCCAGCAGAAUCAAAAAUGCAUUUCAGGAUACAAUCAAGAGAAAUACCUGCACUGGAAAUAUUAAAAAGAGGCCUGAAAGAUUUGCAGAGAGUUUGUGACCAUACAAUAGAUUUAUUUGAAAAAGAAGUAAAAGAUUUCACUAGAAAUUAAAAUUCUGUUUGUUUUAACUGUAUUCUUAUGAUUUCUUUAUUACCAUUAUCUUCAUCA